ACUUAAGGAUUCCCUUCUGCCCCUCCGAAUCGACGAUCUGGACCUCUGCACACUACAUCUCCUCCUCCUCCUGCUCACGCAUACCCGAUCACCACGACCAUCAUCCCAUAAUAGAUCCCUCCAUCAACCGCCUCUCCCAAUAUUCUCCGACUGAACCACCGGACGCAAUUAGAACGUGCAAUCACACACACCCACCCACACACCGCUCCCCCGUAAACCCCAGCGUAUUCUCGGUCAUCGUCGGUCAUGCCACCCCAGAGAACGGCACAUUCCAAGCCGGCUUCCAAGCCGGUCAAGUCUGAACGCACACACGAAGAGAAUCAGGAACGAGCCUACAUUGCUGCGUCCCGAAGAAGUGAUAGAAGUCUCGAGGCGAGAAUCGAAUCUGCCCGCCGAGCCUCGGAGAUCCACAAGAAAAGGACCGGCCGAGCUCUCCGAGUCACCGAGGCCGAUGUCGUCAACGAGGAGAUGUACGAGGAGGAGGACGACGACGUGACCACAGCCUACCGCAACCUGAGCGCGCUUAUGGGCGGUGGACCCAUCGAUCGCCGUUUCGCCGCUUACUACCAACACCAGGUUUACAUGAGGAAUGCCGUGGACCGAGAACUGAACAACAGGAUGGCUAUGAGUCAGGCGAGUAUGGGCAUGGGCGUGAAUAUGGGAGUGGCUACCGGUUAUUCCCCGCAUCAGACCUUCCCCGGUGGAUACGCUCUCCAGCAACAGCAGUAUCCCUUCUUCAGACAGCCUCUACAGCAACAGUCCGCCUAUCGCCAGCAGCCUUAUGCUCCUCCCGCCGGUGGUAGCAGCCACAGCCAUGGCAGGGCCAUGUCUACGCACAUUCCGCAGCAACAGCCGAUGAUGAUAAGGGCAGCCCAGCCCGCCGAGAUCAAACGGACAUCAAACUCGCCCUCGCUCUCGCCGGAGACUCACGUCUCGCAAGAAGACCAGUUCGCUGCAAACAUGCCUCACAUCCAACAGAUGCCAACGCCGUCCUCUUGUCGGCCCACGCCUUUGUACUCGAGCAUGCCGGCGUACCAGUCUCCGCCCCAGCCACCACCCUUGUCAUCUCCCAUGUCGAAUGAGGAGGAACCCUACUCGAACUAUCUGUUCUCGAACGAACUUCCCGCCGAAUCCGCCAGGUUCUUUGCCGGAACAAGUGCGAACAGUCUCAACAUUCCCGGAAACUUUGACCGGUUCGAUAACGGCACCACGUACACCACCAGCAAAGGCUUCACCACGAGUCUGAGUCCCAAUCAGCAGAGCGAUCCCUUCGAGUCCAAGACCGAGGAUGGCCUCGCGACCACCACCGGGGAGCUGAAGUGGCAGCCUAGCAGAGUCGACUCUCCAUAUCUCAACGUGGGCACCGCGAGCAACCCUAGCUUCUUGAACGACAAUCAAAACCAGGAGGACGAUCUCCUGAACUCGUUGUUCAGCGAUGGGACGACGCUAGCGGGAUCGGAUGCGUUCGGAAAAUUCGACUCGGCACCGAUCGAACAGUACGCCGCCGAUCAGGACGCGUGGGGCGAGUUUGUGAACCAGGACUGGAUGCUCGAGUCGAGCGUCACGUGAACCACGAAACCGGAUCGUCUGUUCUUUUCUUUUCUUCCUUGUCUCAUCAUCGUGGUCUCGCGCCGUCUGCCUAGCCCCGCAACGCUUCUGAAUACGAUAUUCACGGACACAGCAAUAACCGCACUAGACAUUCAAGAUCUUCCAAAAUUACGGAUAUCUUGAUUGU